AUGGACUCUUUCUAUCAGCCACACUCAAACGACACCAGUAACAUAUCCGAACUAAUGGGUAGUAGCUUUGUUGAUACCAUACCGGCGCGAGUGAUAUACAAGCACCAGGAAGAAUACAAGGAUGAGCGAUCACCUACCCUCUUCGAGGAACCUCUAAGUCCUAGGAACAUAAACAAACCUUGCUUUCUUCAAAAGGGUGUAAUAGACAAAUGCUAUAAGGGUCGCUUCUAUAGCAGGGCGGUCGAGUUCCAUCUCCUCGAAAACGACCCUACGUCGUUCAGAGAUUGCCGCUGUUUGAUGGAAAAUUGCCCCCAACGCAACUUUUCUGACGCGAGAGAUAUGUUACGACACCUCAAGGGUUGUAAAUAUUUCUCCCAAGGGAUUUUUCGAUGCCCAACAUGUAACGACGCUGAGAAAUUCCAAACGACCUCUAGCAAGAAGUGCUCGUGGGAUCGGCCGAAGAUGAGACAGAGGCUCCAAAAUACAAUCAGGGCUACAGUUGAUACGGUGAAGGAUAUUGUCAGCCCUCGUUCAAGUGCAAUGACGCCCUUUGGUCAUUGUAAGGAAUGCGGCCAGACAGUAGAGUAUAAGCAUUAUCCUUCUCCGUUCCCUGGAAUACACGACCGUCCCUGCUCCAUCAGUCCCAUUUAUGACCCCGCUGCAAUCCAGAUGCCGCAGGAGAUGAAUGACACUGUAAGAGGGGCCAGGGUAGAGGAACUCAUGGAUACAUCCAUACUACUUGAAUUGCAAGAAAAGUCUCCGGCUUCGGACCGUGGAGAUGCUAAUUACGGCGAGGUCUACAACUUCCCUCACGUCGUCUCAAACUGUUCUCCUUCGCUCGACCUACCAAUAGAGCUACCGUCUGUUAACAUAGCUAGGACAGCUACUAUAGACACAUCAUCGACAGUCCCUACAGAGUCGCCGAAGUCAGCUUUUAGUAGUCAGCCCGGGCAUCACUGUCCAUCAGAAGAUGAUCAGUACAUGGAUUUUCUUGGAGGGGUUACUAGCCAAGAAGCAAUCCCCAACAGCAAUCAUCUAGACCUUGCAUAUAGCACCUGGCAGCCCUCAUCAUCGGCGCAACUCUACGACAUUCCAUCAAGUCAUAUAUCCAUACCUCCAAUGUCCCAAGGUCAAAGAGGAUUCCGCGAAUCGCGAGGCCAUUCCUUAACUAUUCAGAUGAACCACUUGAAUUCCCCUUUACAUGUUCCGAUUUGGGAGAAUACGACACGUCAUAUGAACGUUUUGAAUUUAUCGGCGGUCGGAAAUAUACCGUCGCCUAUGUCUUCCACGGAUAUGCCAUCACAUUCGAACCUUGACGCAUGUGUACAUUCGUUUACUGCUACCAAAAGAAUAGAUCCUCUCCAACCAACUAUACUGGUGGACCUUCUUUCAUCGCCAGACUCAACAAUACCAUCUUCAAAUAGGGAACAGUCACCAAGUUCAGCAACAUCAAUGUUGUCAAAUGAAAUCCAGCAGUGUCCGCAUUGCAAUUAUAGGCCCAAGGGUAAAAAAGAAAAUGCCAAAGCAUACCUCAGUAAACACAUUUCAUCUACUCACGGUAGCACGACCUACAAAUGCGGCUUCUGCGAGAAAGCUUAUAGUCGACGAGACAAUCGAGGCGUCCAUAUCCGUAAGCAUCACAGUUCCGAAGAGGGUUCCAAGAAAAGGCGUAAAGGCGCUGAUAGUCCCAGUUCGGAAAAUCAUAGGAGUAAAAGAGUUUUAUAUGAUGAAUCGGGCCAGACAUGGAUUUGA